AUGGCGCUGAGAAACUUUAUAUCGCGAAGGGGGAGACCUAGAACCUUUCACAGUGAUCGAGGUACGAAUUUCGUCGGGGCCAACCGAGAAAUCAAAGCAGCGGAGAUUACUGUCGAUCAUGAAGAAAUGAUGAAGGAGUUUGUGGACUCUGAAACCAGUUGGCAUUUUCAUCCUCCUUCUUCGCCGCAUAUAGGUGGCAGCUGGGAGCGCCUCAUCGGCUGCGUGAAAAAGAACCUAAUGGCAAUUCUCCAAACAAGAAAAUUGACGCAUGAAGUGCUGCGGAACUCUCGACCUCUGACGCAUGUUCCUGUAGAGCACUCAGCACCAGCUUUAACACCCAACCACUUCCUGCUUGAGUCGUCUAAAGAAGUGAAACCGCUGUGCACUAUGGACGAUAGUGGUACGGCGCUACGCUGGCGAUUAUCUCAACUUCAGGCCAACCGGUUCUGGCAAAGAUGGGUCAGCGACUAUUUGCCUGAGAUAACUCGCCGAACUAAAUGGUUCACCGAUACGAAGCCUAUAGAAAACGACGAUGUUCUGCUUGCCAGCGAGGCCAUCGACCGUUUUACCGCCGGCCCAGCUAUCGUCGCCUUUACGGUUGCCGAUGAUUCUGACCGUCGCCCCGCAAAUCUGUUGGUCCAGCUAUCGCCGCCGUUGCCGCCAUCGGAAAUCCUGCCCAGUGCUCGAAAAGCCUGCUGCCCCAGUUACCGUCGCGUCGUCGCUCCAUUCGCCGGUUAA